AGGUAAUCGCUGAACAAACGUCCCACAACUCUGCUGGAUCGAUAGAGGGCGCUGUGUGUGGAAAAUAUUUGUGAAACAGUGGAACACAGUUGGAACAUUAUAAUACAAGGUUUUGUGAAGUCUGAGGGAUUAAAAUACAACUGAAGUUACAAGUUGAGUUCUUUACGAGACGGAUUUGUUGAUAAAUAUUUCAACCUGUUAAUGUUGCAGUAAAUAAAAAUUCUUGACGUCACCAAACUAAACUCACCCCAUAAAAAACAAGUCACUUGGUUAGCCAGGAUUUUCUCCAAACACUAAAAUCCCAUUUGCCAGUUGGCGCUUGUGAGAGGCAGACGACAAAUGAACGAUUGAUUUCAGACGUGGACUUUCUGGCAUGAUAUCAUCUGCCUGCCGUCAAGACAGAAGAGUUGGAUGGAGUAGUAGGAAGGUCACAGAGAGGCGAGCGUCAAACAGAUUACAUAUUGCUUCUUGGUAGUCCGCAAUAUGGAGGAGGAAAUAGAUAUCAGUUCUAACGGUAAAGAGCAAAGUGAUGGUGUGUCGACACCAACGACAACGCCAACACCACACAUCACGAAAUCUGGUGCUGAUGUCGAGGGUCGACAAUCGAACUUGGACAAGUUUGUUACCCUCAUCCAAAAGGACCCACAGAUGAGAACAGACUUUGAGUGUCACGAGUUUGUUCCCUUUCUCAGAAAACAUAUUGAGUGGUUUCAUAGUCUUAAACAAGGUAGUAUUCAAGAAAUUAUUAAAAGAUGCAAAUAUUUACGUGUCGAGCCGGACUCAAUUUUCAUCAAACAAGGCGACACAGGAGACAGCAUGUUUGCCAUCCUGAGGGGUGAGGUCUCCGUGCACGUGAUCUUCGAGUCGGAAAACGAGAGGGAGUGUCUCAACAGGGUGGAGGCCGCGCUGGGCAAGAAGAAGUUCAGUAAAAACGAUUUCGGCAACGAAGUGGCCCAGAAAACGGCCGGAGCGUGUAUAGGUGAAGUAGCCCUCGUCAGUGAGAACUGUAUGCGGACAGCCAGCUGUUUCGCCUCCACGCUGUGUGAGUUCGUCGUCAUAGACCGCGCGCUCUAUGCCGUGUCUGUCAAGGAGGUCAUCGAAAAGGAGUUUCAGGACAAGACCAACUUCGUGGAGAGGAACCCGUUCUUCAAGUCCUGGACGCCGCGUCAGAGGAACCAGUUGGUCAUCAGCUUCAAGAAAAUCAAGAUCGGCUACAGCGAGAAGUUGGCUAGACAAGGUCAAGAGGUGGACAAUGUCUACUUUAUAUACAAGGGUGAUGUGGAGAUACAGAUAGACAGCAGCUACUACGAGAGACAGUACCCACAGCUGUACACGGAGAUGAAGAAACUGUUACCUGAGCUUAUUAGGGACCCCAAGUCCAUACCGCAAGCACCACACUUGUUGAGGAAGGAGAGGAUGGCAGGACACAAGCCACAGAAAAUUUGUAUUCUGGGAGAGAACGAAAUCAUAGGGUCUCUGGAAAUCAUCCUGGGUCUGGAGACAUACAUAGAGAACGCCACAGCGCCCGGUGAUUGUGAACUUUUGGUCCUGAAGAAAUCCCAGUUCGAGAAGAUGUUCAAGCGGAAGUACGCCCUGGCAACCCUGGAUAAACUGAAAGAGGUCCUGGCCAACAAACUCUGCCUCUACAUAUACCAGUCGGACCCGAACAAAGUGGCGUUUUUAAAAUUUCUCAAUAUUAAACUCAUGGAUUCGUCAAUCUUACAAGAGGUAAAACGAAGUAAAAACGCCAAAGUGCGACAAGGGACGAACAUUGGGGCUGAGAGACAGACGAGGAAUGUGGAGGAACAAGAGAUUAUCAACGUCAUGAAGCGGUUACACAUGAAUAGCGACAGCGCGGCUGAACUUCCCCCUGAGGACAUGUCUGAGAUCGCCCUAGCUAAAAUGGACAGGAGACUUCGACUUUGGAGUGAGUACACCAACAUGAACGGGAGCAAGCUGGCCGGACUACAGAGCUCUACCAUCACAUUGUCGAACAACAGUAGAGUGGCAUGAUGACAAGACACGUGAUGGCAAGACAUUCAGAGGUGACAUCAUCACUGUCUCAACGUGACGUCAGCUAACACAAUCCGUCAGUGUCUCGUUUUCGUCGUCACUAUCUUCUCGAGUCACGUGACUUCUAUCUGUCUCCAACCCGUCGUCACGAACCUUCCCGUCCCAGAAAACCAUCGACUUCCAGCAAAAAAUCAACAUCCUUUGAAACACAAAUGUUUUUGGUAAUAUGAACUUCAUACAAAAAAAUCAACAUCCUUUGAAACAUAAAUGUUUUUGGGGAACAUGAACUUCCAAUGAACUGUCUUCGCGGUUGGAAACAGCAACUUGAAGUGAAAAAAAUCAACUUCUUGUUAUCCAUCAACACCUUAUGAAUCAUCAACUUCCUAUGGACAGUACUUCAACGUUAUAUAAAGCAUCAAAUUCCUUUAACACAAAUUUCCAGUUAAAAUGCUCUUCUCCCCCUGCUCAAAGCCAGAUCUGAAAAUAAUUUUAUUUUGCUCAUUACGUCAAUCUUAUGUAUUUAACGCUUUUUGAUGUGAAUUUUAAACUUUGAAAUAAAAAACUGUAUUUUG